GGCAACCAGAGUGAGACUUUCGUGCUGAGAAACUAUGCCGCUCUUUGGGAACACCUUCAGUCCCAAGAAAACCCCACCCAGAAAAUCAGCUUCACUUUCCAACCUGCACUCGCUAGAUAGAUCUACCCGUGAGAUUGAACUGGGCCUAGACUAUGGCACUCCAACCAUGACCCUUGCUGGACAGAGCCUGAAGUUUGAGAAUGGCCAGUGGAUUACAGAUUCAUUUGGGGGCAGUGGAGACCGCAGAGAGACCCAGCGACUGCGCAAACGGAACCAGCAGCUGGAGGAAGAGAACAAUCUCUUGCGGCUAAAAGUGGAUCUUUUGUUAGAUAUGCUCUCCGAAACAACUGCAGAAUCUCAUCUCAUGGAGAAGGAACUGGAGGAACUGAAAAAUUACAGCCGGAGGAGGAAGUGAGCAGGAAAUAAGAGUGUCCAGGUGAUGGCAGGAAGGAAACAGCAUGAGGAUCUGGUUU